ACGGCAGGAGAAUUUUUUUUUUUCAUGUCAAAUUUAUCGUCAUUUUCUCAUCCCAGUCAUAUGGAUUCAGUUAUGCUGCAGACUGUACGUAAGUGACUUGGGCGGCAUGGGGCUCUACAUGGCUUGUGAACUGAUUUUCCUGUUUCUUGUCUGCGUAACUAGUAAAUAUGCUCUUGCUGUUUUACAGUUCACCCAAGCCCCAUCCAAUCAGGCCGUCCUCUUGAACCAGGCCCUCUGGUGGCACUGCAUUGCCAGGGCCAGCAUCGGCAGUCAGGAGCCAGCCUACACCUGGGUGAGGGGCGGUCAAACGGUGCUCGGUGGCGAUGAUGGCUUAGCUGUGUUCUCUAACGGUACCCUGUACAUUGAGACGGUGACCCAGGAGGUGCUAGGGAACUAUCAGUGCUGGGUGCAGAGUGGAGUGCAGAGGAUUGAGAGUGAUGUGGUGACGUUGGCUUUGGCAAGUCUUGGUGUAAGCUUCCAAACAAGCCCAACUAGUGUCAUUCAAAACCUAGGCUCCGCCCUCACACUCCAGUGCUCCAUAGCCAGUGUUCCCAUGGCAACUAUCACCUGGCAACUCAGUGGAGAUGACAUCUCCAUGACAACAGAUAUCACAACAUCAGAAACGGGCAGAGUUACAACGAGCACGCUAGAAGUCAAAGAGCUGGAACAUCAGCAUGGAGGAAGCUACCGUUGCCUAGCAACCAAUCGGCUUCUGAUUGGUCUAACGAGGUUCAGCCAGUUGGGAGAAGUGACUCUGAUUGGUCGACCAGGCUUCUUUGUUACACCUGAGCCCAUAACAGUCAUCUUGGGAGGGACUGCAACCUUUCUUUGUGAGGCAAACGGUAGCCCUGCAUCCACAGUGGAUUGGCUCAAUCCACGAGACAAUAUCAUUACAACCGGCGGUCGGUUAACAUCUACUUCCACCCUCCUGACCAUCACCAACACCCAGGAGACCGACGGUGGUUACUACACCUGCAGAGCUACCAACGCCUGGGGCGAGAACACUGCAUCAGCUCUGCUAACAGUCACAGACCCUAUGGAGCAGAUCAUCUUUACGGCUACUCCAACUGACCAGUCGGUGGUGGUGGGGGGUAGGGUGACGUUCCCAUGCGGUGCUUCAGGGAGCCCUACACCAGCCAUUGAGUGGAGGAAGGAGGUUGGUGAUCUACCGACGAAUCGGAUCCAGGAGCCGGCUGCUGGUUGGUUGAGGAUAACGGGUAUAGAGGUCCCAGACAGUGGGUUUUACGUCUGUACGGCAAGCAACUCAAUUACUACAGUCUCUACAAGAGUCCAUCUUAUAGUCCAGGUGGCACCAAGUUUUACCAAACUACCGGAAGAUACCACUUUGGAGACGGGGGGUUCAGCUUUAUUAGACUGUGAGGCUGAUGGUAUGCCCACCCCUGCUAUAACAUGGAACACUCCAUUACCUGAACUAGGAGUGCUGGGAGUGUCCAGUGGUCUACAGUUUGGAGUAGAAGUCUUGUCUAACAGCUCUCUAGUGAUUCCUGAUGUUGAGAAUCGUCACGCAGGGACUUUCGUCUGUUCUGCAGCCAACACGGUAUCAUCUAGAUCAACGUCAGCAACACUCACAGUCAGGAGUUCUCCUGUCAUCACGUCCUCCCCGGCUGACCAGACGGCCAUAGAAGGCGAACUCGCUCGCUUUGAAUGCCGAGCGGCCGCCACGCCCACACCGGUCAUCACAUGGCUAUUCAACGGUCAGCUCCUACUGACCGAUCUCAAGUUUGAGGUCCUAGGCAAUGGUGAUCUAAGGAUUAACAACGUGGAAGAGCCACAGGAGGGGGUGUAUACAUGCAGCGCAGGAAACGAGCUUGGUGUCAGAAACGUGUCAGCGUACCUGACUGUGCAUGUUCCUCCCCAGUUCAUCGUCCAUCCCGUUGACCUUACUGUUGAUCCUGGGUCAAAGGUCACAUUAGACUGUGAGGCUUCAGGAGAUCCCAUACCAUCAAUUCAGUGGCAAAAGGAUGGCAGCCUUCUGGUUCUCGAAACCAAUAUUGAGGUUCUGAGUAACUCCAGCAUUGUAAUAGAUGGUUUACUGGAGACCAAUACGGGGGAAUAUACUUGCAUCGCUACUAACGCAGCCGGGAUCAACCAAGUCACUGCAACACUCUCCACUCCAGAUGUCCCUAAAUUCGCGUCUGUCCCUUCUAACACCACCGGCAACGAGACACACCCAGUCAGCAUCAUCUGUCAGGCCGACGCCCGUGAGACACCUGUCAUCUCCUGGUACUUGAGUGAUGCGGACGGUAACCAAGGCAACCGCAUCGGUCUGGGCAUCAAUCCUCCUGCGACGAGAGCCUCACUAAGCUUCGUGUCGGUGGACGGUGACCUCGAGUUCACCCAAGUCACGCAGAGAGAUGAAGGAUGGUAUCUAUGCGUAGCAGAGAACAGCGCUGGUAGCGUCAGCGGGGUGGCAUAUCUCUCAGUCAAUGUCCCUCCUCAGAUAACCAGCACUAACACCCCUGUGAGUGCAAUGGAAGAGUCUCCCUUUGCCCUACUGAGUUGUGAGAUCGAAGGUCAACCUACCCCUGACCUGACCUGGCUCCAACCUAGUGGGGAGCCUGUUCCCAUGAUCGCUACACAGUACAGCAGCAGCAUACAGGAUAACACUGCCUUCUUGGUGGUGUACAGCCCUAAUGUGUCAGAGCACGAUGGUGACUUUGUGUGCGUCCUAUCUAACUUCCUGGGCAGUGUGAAUGCAAGCGUUCAAGUGUCUGUACAAGGUGUCCCUGUGCUCACCAAUGCAGAGGCCUUCCCAUCCGGCCCUACCAGCGUCACCCUCCGAUGUAACACCAAGGGAUCCCCUGCCCCUACCACCACCUGGCAGAGGGGGACCACGCCCCUCCCGCACACCUCAGUGACCGGUCAUUCAGUAUCCCCCGGUGGGUCAUUGGUCAUCACUGGCCAGAGUGUAGGGAUGGACGAUGUCUACUCCUGUACAGCUUCCAACCCCUAUGGCUCUCUGACAGCAACACUACAAGCUCCAGGCCAGGUAGCUACACCCACCAUCUCUGACAUCACAUCUACCAGUCUUCGUCUCACCUGGGCCACUCCCACUCCUACCAGUGACCUGCCAAUUACAACAUACACUGUCCAAUACCAGGCUGAGUUCAGUGAUGAAUAUUCAUUAGCAGGAGAGACUGGUGACCCUUUUUACACAGUUGAAGGUCUGCAGCCUUUCACAGGGUACCAAUACAGAGUGCAAGCAGUGAAUGGACUGGGAGCGGGGUCGUUCAGUCCAGCGACCAGUCUUGUUUAUACAUCAUCAGGAGCUCCAAGCAGGCCUCAGGGUGUUGCUGUAACAGCAGUAGGGAACCUCCUCACAGUGACGUGGUCAGCGCCCUCUAUGCUGAACGGAAACCCAGAUGAUAUUAUGUAUGAGAUCCUCUCUUAUCCUGCUGAGGACGAAUCAGCUGUCACCACGGUUACCGUAUCCCACUAUGCCAAUCAACUCAACACCCUCGUCGAUAACCUGGAGUAUGUUACGGACUAUGAGGUCAAAGUUCGUGCAGGCAACGUUGCCGUAAGAGAAUGGAGUCGUUAUGUGACUGUUCAGGUUACAACAGGCUUUCAAGCACCAGCAUCAGCUGUAGAAGACUUCAGUGCCACAGCAAAUAGCUCGUCUUCAAUCUGGCUUACUUGGGAGCCCACAAACGAUGAGACCUUUGAGGCAUAUCUCAUCUCGUUUCGCAUCCUCAACUCAUCGGACAUGUCACCUGAUGUGGCCCUCUCUGCCCAGGAGGCGUCGUCCUAUCUCAUCGUUGGUCUCCCUAGCAACACACCCCAUGGAGUACGCAUGGCGUAUCAGAAUGCAGGAGGGCUCAGUCCAUUCACGCAAGAGUUGGUUGUGACUACGCUAUUGGAUGACCCAACUGUUGGACGAGUCCAAGGCGGAAACAUAGGUGGCGGUAUAAUUGCGGCCAUCGUGUGCGGUAUCUUAGCUGUCCUUCUCGUCCUCGUUCUACUCACGUUUGGUCUUCUGUACUGGAAGAGAAAGAACGAUGAUUGGUCGGGACAGAGUCACUUCAACGGGGAUUCACUCUGGAUUAAUAGACGAUUUUCGUACGGUGAUUCCAUUUCCGUUGCUUCCACUGUGGAUGACAGCGGUGGCUCGCAGAAAGGCGUCUACGACCUCUCCAUGGUCAACGAGAACUUCUCGCCGGACGAGACCGGGCUGUCGUCCGACUCUGCAUACGAUCUGGGCGGGGCACGGGGAGGAGGUCAGAGGGGAGACUCCCUGGAGGUGUCGCCAAGGUCAGAUGCGUCCGACCUCGGUGAAGAGAAGAAGAAGAAAAGGAGAAGAUGGAAAGGCCUGUCUGAUGUCAUCUAUAAAAACCCUGAUAAUCCUGGCGUAGUGCUGGUCAGUCAGGCGAUGAUUGGAGAUGCAUACCCUCCUCCAGUACCAGUCAACAAAGAUGAAGUCCUUUCAGAAGAUGAGGGGGAACACAGCGAACCAAGACCCUUGAGUCUCGCAGUGGACCCUCCUCCACUCAGUCCAGACUCUACAUUUGAUAUGUCAGGAGGAGCUGAGGAAAACAUUUAUGUUGAGGUCGGAGAAGCCCCCGCCGAGGUUGCUAACAACUCAAAUCCCCAUAGCAACGGAGACGACUCUAGGGGCAUGUCUCCCCAGUUCCCGGUCUUCCCAAAUGCAGACGACAGCAUCAAGCUCUCAGACGACCUGCACGUCGAUCGCAAACUGAUGAGGAGGAUGGAGAGGAAAGCGGAGAGAGAACAGGAGAAGAAGGCUAGAAAGAAGGAGAGGGAAGAGGAGAGGGCGAGACAGAGAGAGAUGGAGAGAGAGGAGAUGGAAAGGGAAAGGAUGUUUGGAGGGAGGAAGAUGUCUGGUGGACUUGGAAAGAUUUUUAAGAAGAAGAAAUCAGAUGAAAUCCCUUACCCUGAGACGAACUUUGGUGUAGCGACGGAGCGACAGGUCGAAAAUGCUGGAAUGUUUUAGACAUAUGACAGUAAUGUUUUAAUAGUUUGUUGAUCUAAAAUAUAAUGCUUUUUCCUCACAAUGUUACCUCCCUGUUUUCAAUACCAAUUUAGGAAGGAUUGUGAACUUCACCUUUUACAAGCGUUUACUACAGUGGGUUCUACAUUAUUCACAUGAGACAAGAUCACAAUGCUUAUUCUGUCUAAUUUUUCAUUAGCCACCUGGUUCACAAAGUCGUAAUUGUUUAUGUGGGCUAACAGGAAUAAUAGAUGAUCAAUUGCAUUUGGAGAACAAUUACUCAUUCAGUCGCUGUUUAGUAUUUUCCUACUUCUUUUCAACAUAACAGUAUAGCUGAAAAAUAAAGUAAACACUCAUACUCUGUGUCACUCAUUAGUGCAUGUAUCAUUGUAUAGAGUUUCUUGUGACAUGGUGUAAGGAUCUCAACUUUAUUUCGAGCAGUACUGCAUUAUAAUAAAUUGCCAAAUUUAGGAUUAAAUAUUUUUGCUUUAAAGGGAAUGUUUCAUGGCAAAUACUGGUUAAUGCCAUCUACGUCUUCUUUUGGACAACUGCACAUAAACAAAUGGACUUGAUUAACUGGGUCAGCGUGCGCAGUAGCGUUCGCACAACAGACCCAAGUUCUCCUCACGCUCCGGUUUCGCGUAUGUUGCACGCACGUGAAAGCUGCGGUCGCGUCGUCCGUAGUCAUUAUACCUGAUUGGCCCCAGGUAGAGCCACGAGAAAGACACAGUCUUUUCAUGACACACUCCCUUUAAUAUUACCAAAGAAUUUGUUUGAUAUUUGAGUGUAGGGAAUUCCCUGUUACCUAUUGGUGCUUGACUCAUUCAAUAUGACAUGUUACUUAUUAGUAUAUUACUCAACUCUCAAAAUUUUAAGAGCAGUAUGAAGAACGUUAAUGUUGUGCGACUGUGUAGGAUAUAGAUGAAGAUCAUGCUUAGUCGAAUUGUCACUGUACCAACUGCAUGUUCAUAGUGUAAAUUUGUAUGCAUUUGUACAUUACAUAUCAUCUCAAAUUAUCACAGUAUUAUAUAUGGCUAUCUGUGAUACUGAUACACCUUGGGGAAGUUUCACAAAGAUCCUAACUUGAACUUAUCUCUAAGUUAGACUUAACCAUUAUGGAAAGCCGUCAGCAUCUAUGAUAUAUUUUGUAAAAGUUUUUUUGA